GUUAGAACUUUGAAGUCCACCCGACAUAAAUGCAACCAUAAAACCAACUCUCUCUAACUCAACCUGAAAUUUAAAUUUUCUCCUCACUUGACCACAAAGAGAGAUUCAUCUUGAAGAAUGACUGGGCUAGUAAUGGUGAGAGCUGGUUGUGGUGGUGGCGGCGCUGGUGGUAAGGGAAACAAAGGAACGAGACGGAGUGAGGAAGAGGAGAAUCAGCUCUCUUUGGUGGAGAUUCUUAUAGCAGCUCUGAAAAAAUCAAUGAUGUCUUGUCAUCUUGAUGGGGAUGAAGAUAUUAUUUAUACGGUUGAUAAUAUGGAGAUCGGGUGGCCUACUAAUGUAGAACACAUAACUCACGUCACCUUUGAUCCCUUCAGUGGCUUCCUUGGUCUUCCUGUUGAGCUCCAAGUUGAGGUCCCAAGCCAAGUUCCAAGUGCUAGUGCCAGUGUGUUUGGCGUUUCAGCUGAAUCAAUGCAAUGUUCUUUUGAUUCGGGAGGGAAUCGUGUCCCCACUAUUCUCUUGCUAAUGCAGGAACGUUUAUACUCACAAGGAGGCCUUAAGGCAGAGGGAAUUUUCCGGAUAAACCCCGAGAAUAGUCAAGAGGAGCAUGUCAGAGACCAGCUGAACAGGGGCAUUGUGCCAGACAAUAUCGAUGUCCAUUGUCUGGCUGGCCUUAUAAAAGCCUGGUUCCGAGAACUUCCAUCUGGUGUGCUGGAUGGACUCUCACCAGAGCAAGUUCUUGAUUGCAAUACAGAAGAAGAAUCUGUUGAGCUUGUGAAGCAGUUGAAACCAACUGAGGCUGCAUUGCUCAAUUGGGCUGUUGAGCUUAUGGUUGAUGUUGUGGAGGAAGAAGAAUCCAACAAAAUGAAUGCAAGAAACAUUGCGAUGGUUUUUGCUCCAAAUAUGACACAGAUGUCUGAUCCAUUGACGGCUUUGAUGCAUGCUGUUCAAGUGAUGAACUUGCUCAAGACCCUAAUUACAAAGACUCUGAGGGAACGUGAAGAUUCACCAACCGGAGGAUAUUCACCAAUGUCAUCACAUUCAUCUGAUCAGCAAACUGAUGAGGAGUUUGAUAGUCAGCAAGAGAUGGACAGCAGCUGUGAAUUGAAGGGGCCAACAUCAGAAUAUGUUGAUAAUGCACAUUACAGUCACAGCAGUGAAGAUGAUGAAAUUGAGUCACUCGGUUUAGUAGAAGAAUGCUUCUUGAGGCAAUUGGAUGAGAACAAAGAUGUCUCAAAUGGUUUCUUAAAGCAGCCAGUGGGUGCUUUGCGGGGAGAGUAUGCAAGCCCCAGAAGUUUUUCUGAGUUAAAUCCUGAGUCUGGUAUUUCUUUUACUGAUAGCAAAAAUGAUAAUUCAAGCUCUUGCUCAAGUGAUGGAGAAGACUCAAGGAAAAGUUCGAUUGCUGUAGAACAAAAGAACAACAAAAAGGGCCCAUCAAAAUGCUGUGAAAACACUGAGGAUGUGGAGAUGGUUGAGAAAGUAGUGGAGUCAGCAUCAAUCAUGCGUAUCCAAUAAAUCUGUCUGUCUAUCAUUCUCACGGUUAGGAAAAAUGCUUCAUUCGCCCGUUUUGGUUUUCUUGCUCUCUCUUCAAUCAGACUGUAGUUUCUGUAAAUUGAUAAUGCUUGAAUUUAGGGGGUGUGUUUGCUUUGUGGUGGAUGAUUGAGAGAGUCAGUCAUGGUUCAGCUUGGGGCUGAACAUGUUCUAAAAUGUAAAACAAAUUUAACCUCGACUUAUUUAGAACGGAAUUCAGUAUUCCGGAAUUCUAUUUGUGGAUGAUUUCA